CACAAACUUUUGCACGAUAUGGAUACCUUAAGUUUUGGGACUCUCAUACACAGUAUUGAGAGUCCCAAAUUUUGGACUAAAAUUUACUGUGCUGUUUGGGCCUUGCGAUUCAGCGCGCCAUGCAUGCUCAGACUCAUGGUACAUGAUCGCACGCAUAAGCUUGAAUGGGAGUUACGCCAACGUGAGGAAGAAAUCGCUGAGCUCCAGAAGGCCCUGAGUGACAUGCAGGUUUAUCUCUUCCAGGAGAGAGAUCAUGUCUUAAGGCUCUUUGCUGAAAAUGACCGCCUGAAGAUACAAGAACUGGAAGAUAGAAAAAGAAUCCAGCAUCUGUUAUCAUUAUCAAGCCCAUCAGGUCCUGAAGUGACAUACUUCCACAAAGAACCAUCAACGCGGGCAAUUGUCACACAGAAACACCCACAAAAGAGACAUCCACAUGCAGAGGGUGAAAUAUUGGGGUUAAAAGCCAGAUUACUCCCUGAGAAGUGA